UAGACUUGCUACCUCAAUUGCAAGUUGAGAUUCGUCAAGAAGUGUAGACUGUUGCUAGACUAUGUUGUCCGAAAUUAGCAGUUGCAUCACCCACCACCGCCUGGCGAUAUCCAUGAUUAUACUACUAUAUUCUACACGUGGGUCGGCGGCACUGGAAUGUUACCAAGAAACAAACGGAUGUGAGAAUCCACAAUGCGGGACGACAGUCUGCCCGUUUGCGACCGACGUAUGUCACGAAACACAAUCCAUGGUGGUAGACCCUCGUACGGCCACCAUCCUGACGACAGUAACUCGAGGCUGUACUGCUCGACCACCAGCAGAUACUCCACCUUGUAGUCUAGAGCGUGCACGAAUCAGAUGUACCAUCUAUUGCGACACUGAUUUGUGCAAUACAAAAUCACGUUUGAGUACAGCAAGUACAACCACAGUCGUGACCGUAACAAAAUCUGUUUCAAGUAAAGCAAUAACGAGUAGUACGGUAUCUUAUAAUUCCGCAUCAACAAACUCUCCUACAGAAACGUCCAGUGCUACAAGACUAUCUAGACACAGAAUGACAGCGUCUAUUAUGCUCACGAUCGGUGUAACAAUAGCAUUUGGUCUCUGCUGGUGAUUCAAAUCAGACGGCAAACAUACAUAACAGUUAUA